GUUGUCAGCGGUGCGCGCGCGCUCUCUCCCGCCAUUUCCCCCUCCCCCCCAGUUCUCGCGAGUGUCGCGGCGGCCAGGCGGCGUGUUUCGGGGGCGGAGGCUCGAGCGGCCAUUGUGAUUCGCGCGCUCGGUCGAACUGUGUGUGUGAGUGUCGGCGCUGUGUAGGUCGUUCCGGGUCCUUUUCUCAUCCUCUCCUGUGCGGUGUGUAGCUGCUCGCGGUCGGCGCCAUGUCUCGGUAUCUCCGUCCUCCCAACACCUCGCUCUUCGUCAGGAACGUGGCGGACGACAUCAGGUUGGUGAGGCCGGUAGCAGCGGCCGGAUCGCGGUGGGGGAGGGGCGGCUUUGUGUGCUGGCAGUGCGGGCUCUCCGGUGUGUGGCCCGGGGGGGCCGGGUCUGGCAGCCUGCAUGUGUGUCAGAGUGAGCCGGCCAUGGCUACACCGCGUGUGCAGGAAACAGGGAGGGAGGCAGGGCCGGGCAUGCAGCGUGUCAGCCAUUACAAUCCAGCUCACCGCGCUCCUCAUAGUAACCACAGCCAGCCAGCAUGGCCAGCCAGCCUCGCACUGUAGCCAGCAUGGGGGGAGGGAGGGGGGAUAGCCUGAAUGUUGCAUUUUGGAUUAAAAUCCUCCGAAAUUCAUAGUUUACACCAUUAUUCACUGCAGUGAGAAUUGUUGGGAUUUCUAAUAGAAUUUCAAAAUUAAAACCUGGGUAGCUGAGCUGGAAGAAUAGGCACAUAUUAGGUUUUGGGUGGGAGGGGGGGGGGGCUAUUUUUGUCUUUUAAUUUAAUAUUCUGAAUUUCAGACAGACUCUCGCUGUAUUGAAUAAAUAUGUAGAUCAACUCUUUGACAAACGUUAUGCAAAGAGGAUUUAUUAAUGUGGGUUAAGUCAUAUCCUUGCUCCUCAGGACAUCCAGCCAUGUGCUUGUGGGAAAGGAUGAGGGUCGGAUAUGUACAAAAAAGUGUCAAAGUGAUGUAAAACUUUUUCACACGUUAAGAUAUAAGGUCAUUAAGGGUUUUUCACUAAACUCCAGUUUAGCAAAUUAAAUCAAAAUAUCAAAACGUGAUUGACGGAAAUGGAGGGGUUUUCCCCCCCUAGAUUUAUUUGAUAUUUUUUUGCCUGUUUUUCCCCCAUUGUUUUAUAUUGUGAAAACGAAUAACCUUGUAACCGUGUAGCAUUAGUAGCAGAGUGGAAGAAUCCUCAAGUCUACUGCGUUUCAAGUUUUGAUAUUUUAUCUUGAAGUUUGAAAUUCACUUUGGGGUUUAUCAACUACAAUCUGAAUUGAGGCAAAUUAAUAUUCGAAAACAAAAUUGUUACAAUAGCCAAGCUAUAAAUAAAUUAUUUUGGUUGUGAUCACCAUUUGGCAAUCUUUGCCAGUUUGCCAUUCUAAUUUCAAUUUGCUACACUUUGGAGUUUAGUAGAUAUACCUUAAUGUGUUUCCAACAGUUCACACUUUUGUGAAUAACUGAUUCCACUUUAAAGGUUUACUUGCUGAUCUGCAAGUAAAACCAUGCUUGAAACCAAAAUAGAGCUUGUAUUAUUGUUUCCUCAUAAUUUUUUUUCCUUCACUUUCUAACAUUCAGUGAAAAAACCCAAAUUGAGACGUAUUCACUAAACUGAGUUCAGUACUAUUUUGUCAGCAUACAUAAGUUCAAAAGGUCUCCAUUUUAGUUUUUUCCCGAAGCUUGCAGUUUUAUUUGAAAUUCACUGUAAUGCACUCUUUAGGGAAUCAGACAUUUUGUUAAUGUUUAAAACGUAAAUUUAUUUUUUUUACAGUAUGAAAGGCUACUACAAAGCCAUAUAAAAGAAACAAUUGUCCUCCCUUCAUCUCUGGAAUAAAUGUUGUUGUUUUUUUUUUUUCCCCUCUAAAUUAAUAUUUCAAAAAGUAUACACCUCCAAUACCACAGUACUAUUUUCCCUGCACUGGUUCAAGUUCUUUUUGAGGAAGGGUGAUGAAGGUAAUAACUUGCACUUGACCUCUUCCAAGGUUAUUACUAAAGUGAGAAUUGCUUUAAAUUUUCAAGUUUAGGCCAAAAUAGUUGUAUUAAAGAAUACAAAUGGGCAACUAAAUUCUUUAUUUUCAGGUUGGCUGUUUUCGUGUAAAAUUUUAAUUCCAGGUAAUCUCCAUUUAGUAAAUAAGCCCGCCUACUGAGCCCAUUCUGUUUUUAUAGUUCAUUUUAACUAGGACACGUGGCAGAAAUGGCUGGUGCUUCUUUUUGUUUUCCCAUUGCGCUAGUCAAGAGCUUUUGAUUCGGGUUUGGCCUCAUUUGUGCUGUUUGUUUUUUUUUUUGUUUUUUUCUUGCAUAAAUUUGUUUGGUUUUAUAUUUUGAAAAUACACUCAAAGAUGUCAUUUUUAAGUCAGUCUUUGUGUGGCUGGAGGGUUAAGCUAAGGCGAGAAAUACCUGAAGCUUUUCUUCAUGGGCUCCACCAUUUAAAAAAAAAAAUAUAUAUAUAUAUAUAUAUAUAUAUAUAUAUAUAUAUAUAUAUAUAUAUAUAUAUAUAUAUAUAUAUAUAUAUAUAUAUAUAUAUAUAGGUGGGGAAAAAUUGUGAUUGAAAACCCCUUCCACCUGAAGUAUGUGGAUAGUUAAUACAAUGCUAAACAAAAAUCUGCACACCAGUCAAGCCAUAAGACUUGCUUUUCCCACAGAAAUCCCAAAUCAGCAGUGAUGUUACAACCGCAAAGGAUUCUGGGUGGGCAUAUGCAAAUUAGUUUAGCAAAGAAUCACAUUUUUGCCUCAUUCCAUUUUAAACAUGGAUUCCUUUUAAUUUGUGUUUGCAGUAUACAACUGCUUGGAACACAAUUUAGGAUAAGAUGCAAAACCAGUGAACCACUCAUGGACAGCUGUUUCGUUGUUAAUGCAACUCUUCAGCAUGAGGUUGGUUACUGGUUUGCUUAGUGAGGCUUGGUAGUGCUUGGGAAGCAAAAUCCAAAUAGGUUAUGGUGGGGAAAAAUUGUGAUUGAAAACCCCUUCCACCUGAAGUAUGUGGAUAGUUAAUACAAUGCUAAACAAAAAUCUGCACACCAGUCAAGCCAUAAGACUUGCUUUUCCCACAGAAAUCCCAAAUACUAUCCACAUGAAGAGUUGCAUUAACAACGAAACAGCUGUCCAUGAGUGGUUCACUGGUAACAUUACUGCUGAUUUGGGAUUUCUGUGGGAAAAGCAAGUCUUAUGGCUUGACUGGUGUGCAGAUUUUUGUUUAGCAUUGUAUUAUAUAUAAUAUACCGAAAAGAUUGAGAACACUCAGUGGAUUUUGUAAAUCAAUAAUGUAUUAAAUAUAAUGCAUACAAAUCAACGUUUCGACCAUCUAGCGGUCUUUAUCAAGAUGCUAUACCAUGUGAAAAUGCAAAAUACAUACCAUAUCAUGUAUUAAAUGUACCCUGUCUAUCCGACCUGCUCUGUGAGUGAUGCCGCAAAUCGCGGACUAUUGUGCGUACUGCUGUAAAGUGACAUAAACGUAAACUCCCAAGUGUUGCCUAGAAACGGCAAAGCUAUUACAAAAAGAGAAUCGGAACAAGUUUAAAAACAUAAACGGAGGAGAAAAAAAUAAAAAUGUAUAAAGCUUAAGUUCAUAGUCCUGAGUAUAUGUGGAUGGAGGAUGUUAAAAGAAGCAGACUAGGUGGAUCAGAGUUUACCGAGACUAGGUGUGCAGAUGGGUUGUAAAAUUGGAAAUAUGCUACAGAAAAAUAUGGUGUGUGUGUGAUGAGCUAAAAAAACGAAUGAAUAAUGGAUAAAACUGUGUCUGGAGUGAACUACAUGGUCUGAAGAUACUAGGUGAGCGGAAAAAGAAAAGUGACUGUGGUCAAACAAACAGCAUGCAGAAAUGCAAUACAGUGCAUACUGCCGUAAAGUGACAUAACAAUUUUACAACCCAUCUGCACACCUAGUCUCCUUAGACCAUACAUGUCACUUCAGAUACAGUUUUCUAACUUUUGUCACAGUUUUCAUUUUUUCAGCUCACCACAUACACCACAUUUCACACACACCACAGUUCCUUUUAAUUUCUUAACAUAUUAAUUUCACACCAUACAGUCCUUUUCUUUCAGCUCAUCACUUCUUAUUACUUAGUAUAUUCAUAUUCACAAAUAUGAGUCCGUACUGAUUAUUUUAUCCGGUAAACUCUGAUCCAUCUAGUCUGCUUCUUUUAACAUCUUACAUCCACAUAUACUCAGGACUAUGAACUUAAGCUUUAUACAUUUUUAUUUUUUCUCCUCCGUUUAUGUUUUUAAACUCGUUCCGAUUCUCUUUUUGUAAUGGCUUUGCCGUUACUAGGCAACUCUUGGUGUUUACGUUUGUCACUUUACGGCAGUACGCACGAUAGUCCGAGAUUUGCGGCAUCACUCACAGAGCAGGUCGGAUAGACAGGGUACACUCGGUGAUUGGGUAAGUUUAAUACAUGAUAUGGUAUUUAUUUUUGCAUUUUCACAUGGUAUAGCAUCUUGAUAAAGACCGCUAGACGGUCGAAACGUUGAUUUGUAUGCGUUAUAUUUAAUACAUUAUUGAUUUACAAAAUCCAUUGAGUGCUCUCAAUCUUUUCGGUUUAUAUUUUUGUACGGAGAGGCAACUGGUAAUUGUUGGACGUGAUUUAUUUAUUUUUUGGGGAUGAGUGCCAGAAACUGUUGAAAUUUAUAUAUGUGUGUGUGGUUUUCAGCCAACGGUGUCUCAUCUGCCCAAAUCCCAGGUCGCUACGGCUACUAAAAAGUUUGUCGUAGCACCUGUGUAUUGGCCUGUUUCCUUGGAGGUGAGCAGGAGGCUGAGGCAGAAUGCAGGCGGUUAGGGCGCUGUAAUCUUCUUCUUACUCUUCCUCGCAUGCCCUGCAUUGCUGCUGGGAGCUGGAAUAUGAUGCCAUUCCGGCCCCAGCAUCACUAAAUUGCAUGCGAGGGAGAACAUCUAAAAGAGCUUCCAAAUGACAGCCCCACUGGACCUCAGGGAAAACAGAUCCACUCCAGCUCUCCAAAGGUUAGGGAGGCUGGUGGACAAAUUGAAUUAAAACAAAUAGUUUUUGAGCAUGUGGGAUAAUGUGAGUUGCCCCCCUCUGAUGGUUUUUUUUUUAACUCUUUAUUUUCCCAUGUUGAAGCUGGUCCCACCUCCAUGGCUGAGAUAAUCAAGCUUGGUAAUCUCAAGCUACUGCGCAUGUGUAUCAAAAUUCUGUGCCGAGAAGCAUUGAAUAUUGUAAAGCGCUACUGAAUCUGUUGGCGCUAUGAUCAAUGCAUCUCUAUAGGGAAUGUUAAGCGCCUCCAUGCAGAGUAUGGAGACACUGAGAUAUGAAGCACUUUGGUGGCCAUCUGAAUAACUGCUACUAGAGUUGUAACUAGGCAGCAAUGUUAACACUGCCUUUUCUCUGCGAGGCUGACUAAACUUGAGAAAAGGCAGAACUUAUGCUGUCAAGCUGCCAAUUCCCUUACUUAAGGGCACAUUACAGACACAUGCUAUGGCAGGUCUUGACAAAUUUGCUUUGAAUUUAGGAGUCAGUUUGUAUUUUUUAACUAACUGAAAAGGCUGUGUUUACAUUGAAAACUAGUGGAUUAAGAGUCCCUUUAAGAAUUUUAUUUUUGUUUUAAAAAAAAUCCUGGCUACUUGUAUAUUAUUUUUAGCUGGCUCCUAGAUUCAAAGCAAAAUUGUCCAACCCUGCCAUACUGUGCCCAUGCGUGUGGGAUUUGGUAACUUGACAAUCCGUUUUGUCUGUGCUUUGGAAUUUCAGUGAAAUUCCAACAUUCAAUAGGAGUAUUUCAUAAAUAUUUUAUCUUUAUGACAUAGUCAAAGGUGAUAUUGGGUGUAAAGGAACAUAAGGUUUCUUUAUAAUUGUACACUACUUGUAAUCUAUUUUUUUUUUUUUUUUUAAUUAUUAUUUUUAACCGCUUCCAGUUUUAACUCCUGGAGCAGAGAUGUUACUUAACCCCUUAAGACUGCAGCCAAAUGUACAAGUUGUAAUCGAAACAAAACCUGGCAUUUGCGCUCUGUCUGUCCAGCCGUGAUUUUUCAUAUUAAAUGCAAGCACACUUAUAUAUAAUUACAGGGCUUUCAUUUAACAUCAAAUAUUUAGGAAUGAAACCUAAUUUAAUAUGAAAAAAAAUAUUUUAAAAAAUGGGAGAAAAUAAUGUGCUAUGAAAUGUGUGCUGUGAAGUGAGUGACACCUUAUUGAUACAUUGUAACUCCGUGGAUGCCAUCACAACCACUGUUGCUCUCAAGUGUCUAGGUAAUUUGAGAAGGGGCAUUAGAUGUUCUAGUGCUGAGGAUGUUGUUUCUAUGGCUGUAUUUCAGUAGUUUUAAAAUUGUAUCAUUUCUUCUAUUUUAGGUCAGAAGACCUGCGUCGGGAGUUUGGUCGAUAUGGUCCUAUUGUUGAUGUCUACGUGCCUCUUGAUUUCUACACUCGUCGCCCCAGGGGGUUUGCUUAUGUUCAAUAUCCUUUCUUCAUUCGACUGACUGUUUGAGGUCAAGUUAUCAUUUAAAGAUUGUAAGAGGUAACCAAGUAAAUAAAAUGAAUUGCUUUGCUAUGUUUAAGUUAAUUUCCAUGUUGCUUGCAGUAAAGUUUCUGUACAUUGCAAAGUAAUUCUCUGAAUAUAUUCAUAAAUUGUGCUUCUAUUGUAUUUAAAGGGAUAGUGUAGGCACCAAAAUAACUUUAGUUUAAUGAAGCACUUUUGGUGUAUUGACAUACCCCUGCAAUCUCACUGCUCAAUUAUCUGCCAUUUAGGAGUUAAAUCACUUGUUUAUGCAACCCUAAUCAGACCUUCCUACAUGUAACUUACUGAGCUUUUCUAAACACUUCAUGUAAACAGAUCUAAUGUGUAAACAUACUUUACUGCAGUCUUUUUAUUUGGAAUUUAUCUCAUGCCCUAUGAAGAUUGCUGCAGGAACCUCCUGUGCGAUUAAAAUUCAAUUUGCAGAGGAGGAGCUAAAAAUAAGUCAACUUUCUUCUUUUUUUUUUGAUUGAAUAUGAAACCACAUGCAGACUGUGUGAGUUGCAACCAGGGGAGGUGUGGCUGGGGUUGCAGGGGCGUGAUCUAUACACCCAAAAUGCUUCCUCAGGGUAACGUUGUAUUGAUGCCUAUAAUGUCCCUUUAAAUCAUAUAUAGUAUUUUUGGAUAAAGCUCAUAUCAUUUUUUUUUUCUUCUAAAUUACUUUAAAACAUUUUAUGAUGAUUAACUUAAUUCUGUCCCCUAAUUCUGCUGUCCUCUGUUAUUACCUCAGAGAUUGUAAAGCUGUACAGUAAUGGCGAAACCACAGAGAAAGCAUGAAAAACCUUUUAGAGUAGAGUUCGUCUCUUAAGACAAGUAGACAAACCAAAGACCUGUUAAUGAUCAGGCUUGAAGAUAAAAAGGGAAAGUGGGAAAAGAAAAAAAGAUUAAAGAAAAGCUGGAAGAAGAACAAGCCAUAAUAGGAGACAAAGCUUCGCUUUAUCCACAAAAGGGGGAAAGUUAUUUUUGAAAGUUAAAGCUAAAGCCAUCUGUCAUUAUUGGCAAGCGCCUCAUGUCAAGUCCUCCUGACAAGCUCUUAAAGGUCAAGAUGA